AUGGCUGGUAGUAUUGGUGGUUUUAAUGCACAUGCUGCUAAUAUAGUUACAGCUAUUUAUAUCGCUACUGGACAGGAUCCUGCUCAGAAUGUAGCUAGUUCUAAUUGUAUGACAUUAAUGGAAGCAACUGGUGAUAACAAUGAGAAUUUACAUAUAACAUGUACAAUGCCUUCUAUAGAACUAGGUACUGUUGGUGGAGGUACAGUUUUACCACCACAAGCAGCAUGUCUACAGAUGUUGGGUGUAAAAGGAGCAAGUUUAGAAAGACCGGGUGAUAAUGCUAGAUUAUUAGCAGAAAUUGUUUGUUCAACAGUAAUGGCAGGAGAACUAUCUUUAAUGUCCGCUUUAGCUGCUGGUCAUCUAGUUAAGAGUCAUCUUAAACAUAACAGAUCUAGUUUAAAUGUGGCAGCAGGACCAUUAUCUACAAAAUCUAGUGAUACUCUUAAACCACCAGGAACCUGCACUCAAUCAGCAUCAUGA